AUGAAGAAUAAUGGGAAGUUGUUUGGCAAAGGGAGAUUCUCAUCAUCCAAAAAUGAUAAAAGAGAAUACAAGAAGAAGGAUGGGAAAGAAUCAUCAUCAGCCCAAGGAAUCGUGUGUUAUGAAUGCAAUGGUCAUGGACACCUAAAGAAGGAAUGUCAAAACUACUUGAGAGGAAAAGGUAAAGUGCUUGCUACUACCCUUAGUGACUUGGAGAGCUCAAACUCCGAUACGGAAGGAGAAUGUGAUAGUGAUGGAAAUUAUUCUUCUUUCAUGGCAAUUACCACCGUUGAUUAUAAAGAUGAGUUGAACGACUUGGUUGAUGAGCUAGGUGUACAUUCCAAAGGUGAAGAAGUUGAAGAUUCGGAAAAUGGGGAUGUGUACCUAAAUGAAAGUGAGAAGAACCUUCAAGAAGUGUAUAAUGUGUUGCUUGAAGAUUGUGGAAAAUAUGCCAAAGUUGCAAAGAAUGUUGUUAAAAGGAUGAAGAAAAUUGAAGAAGAGCAUACGUUCACACUUGUGCAAUUUAAGGAAACUAAAUGUGAAGUUGAAGAGUUAAAGGAAGAAUUGCUGAAUGCCUACUUUAAAAUCAAUUUCCUUGAACUUGAAAUAAUCCAAGCAAAUGUCAAAGUGGAGCGCAUUUCCGCCAAGAAACUUGACAGUGUGCUCUCUUCACAAAAACCUUCAAAUGACAAGACCGGACUAGGCUAUACCGGUGAAGGAAGCUCAAGUAGCAAACCCAAGAAGGAAGUGAGGUUCGUGUUGGCCAAAAAUGUAGAGAAGCCCAAGGUAGAAAAGCCCAAAGUGGAAAAGCCUGAGGUUGAGACCCUUGUUGUUGCAAAGAGAACCGUUGGUGUAAAACCAAAGGAAAAAUGGAAGUUAUUACCCAAAAGUCAAAGGGAACCUCAUGUAAAGCAUUUUUGUCAUCAUUGUGGUGUACGAGGACAUACAAGACCAAAUUGCUUCAAGCUUCAGGCACUCAAGAGGGCUGAUUCUUUGCGUGGCCAAGACAACUCAAGAAGAAUGCCAAGGGAAUUCAAACUAAAGGAGGAAAUGAGGGACAACUCAUUGGAGAUGUUAUGGAAAUGUUGA